GAUAUGUUUCUACUGGACUGCCCUACCUAUGAGGACUAUUUGGACACAUUCAUCACACGUCAUGAUAUACAUUUUCUACGCAACAUACGCUUCUGUCGUAUGCUCGUCGAACUUGGCUAUCGUUCGGCGUCUGAAAUCUACACACCCGAACAGUAUGAGAAACGCAAGGCAGCUGUACAGGAGUCAUUAUGGCCGACGAAAAAAUCGGCAAUGUUAUUCAGUGAGAAUAUGAAUUCCACAGACCCCGUGCUGCUUGAAUUGGCACGACGUGAACAGCCGAAUACGCAGAAGAUCAUAUCGACCAUCAUAUUUGUUAAACAUCGGCUAAAGUCCGGUUUCGAGAUUUCCGGUUAUAUCGAUUUCGAACACAGCCUAAAGCAGGCAAAUUUAAUGGUAGAGGGUUGCACCGAUUGGUUGGGCGUAUUCCAGGAGCGUGUACUAUUACGUCCGAAACCGACGGAUCUCAGUUUUUACGAUUGGCACAAGGGUACGGUGCAUUACAAUCAUUCCGAAAACUAUGUGGUUCUACAUGAUGUCGAGAAUGGUCUGAUAUUUAUGCAUCGCGGUGAUCACAAGAAGAUCUGUGUCGAUAUUUUACGCGAAAUGUAUACAAAUAAUUGCACACGCGAAAUGCAUUUCUCCGAAAAAUAUGGACAUGUCAUAUUCUACGAUCACAUAAUUCGAAAGAAGAUAUAGUUGUCUAGCAUGUACAUAUAUCUUACGUUGCCUCUUUUUUUGAAUGUUAUUAUAUGUAUUUAAUAACUGUUCUCGCGCRUUUAUUGUUUUUGCUGUUGUAAGAAUAAUUUGACUUGGAUUUUUUUGUGUAUUCCCCUAUCGACCUGCGAGGUCCUUCGAACACCUAUGCCAGAAAAUCGAAAAAUAAAUACAAUUAAUUGGUCAA